CGCAGAGGCCUCGUUGCGUGCGGCCGAGCAGUACUGCGCACCUCCGACCCCAUCCCCCCACCACGACCCACCUCGUGCGCUGUUCUCUAACCGUGUGUGUGUAAAAACAAAAGCUAAACGGCGUUCGCGCCAGUAAGACGCGCCAGGCUGGACAAUAUAUAUAUAUUGCGGUGUAAACAGCAAGUUAAAAUAACUACGACGUGUUGUCUUCCACGUGGAUAAUAACAAGAGCCACGUGUGAAUUAUCCCUAGCGGCAAAGGGAGCGAGUGCUAUGUGUGAAAUAUGACUUCUUUUAACUUGUAAAACAACAAUCCCGUUGCCUGUGAAAGCUUUGUAAAAUCUAAGAGCUAGAAAGAUUAUUCUGAGUGCUGUACCACAGUGUUCUGUCUUACACUACCUGGAGAUGCCUCAUGUGCUCAUGAGAGCUGAACACCCAGGCUUAGUGAGGUGAGGACGUGUCCCAUCACAGCCCGUCCACCAGUGUUGGACUGGUGAGGUGUCCCAUCACAGCCCGUCCACAAGUGUUGGACUGGUGAGGUGCCCCAUCACAGCCCGUCCACCGGUGUUGGACUGGUGAGGUGCCCCAUCACAGCCCGUCCACCGGUGUUGGACUGGUGAGGUGCCCCAUCACAGCCCGUCCAACGGUGUUGGACUGGUGAGGUGCCCCAUCACAGCCCGUCCACCGGUGUUGGACUGGUGAGGUGCCCCCAUCACAGCCCGUCCACCGGUGUUGGACUGGUGAGGUGCCCCCAUCACAGCCCGUCCACCAGUGUUGGUGUACAUGUACCACCAAUUACAACCUAGCAAAACGAAGCCGUUUUUCCUGGCCGUCACGGCUGGCUGUCCCAGGGAGGGGACGGGAUUCCAUCCCACUACUGAGGCCCCUGGGACACUAGCUCCAUCCCAUCUUGGUGAUGGCGGGCGAUGAUAGCUCCUUGAUCCACCACACUACGGUGCUGAAGAUGGCAGUAGUGUGUGGAGUGGUCGCCCUCUUCCUCCUUCCCGCGUCGGCCGCGACGGCUCUGGGUGAUGUGGAGGCGCUGGAGGGGGAGGCGGAUUUCAGGUCGGUGCGUCUCCACUGGAAGUACCCGGCUGACGCUGGCCUCCUGAGGCACUUCGCUAUCACCUACUGCGAGGACCAGGCCUGGGGCAAGUACCGCUGUAAGAAACAGCUGCUGGAGGAGCGGGAGGCCAAGCAGAUGGCCAGCCCGGCCAGCAAGCAGCAGCAGCAGCAGCAGUUCGAGGUGGUUAUUAAGGGGUUAAGGAUGGCCACUAACUACACCCUGGAGGUGACGCCGGUCCUAGCCUCCGACCCGCCCUCCGUCCACCAUGAAGGACAGGAGCUUGCUAUCCGCACCAAGGGAUUUUCGGCGCGGGCUACUAUGUGUCUAGCCAACUCCAGUGUAGUGGAGGUGGAGACCGGACCCUACUUUGGUGGCAAGAUCUCGGUGGAGGGGACAGAGGACCCCCUGUGCAGGACGGAGGGCGUCCGAGACAGCUCCACCACCACCUACCAGUUGAAGAUCGACCACGACCGUUGCGGAAGCCAGGUCCACAACACCUCGGUGAUGACCUUCAUACUGGUCCAGGAGAACCUGCCCAUCCUCACCCACUCCACCAGGAGGUUCCUGGUCAUGUGCAGCUACAUCCCGGAGACCUUCACCGUCAGGGCCGGAGUGAGUCUCCCUGAAGACAGCAAUAAUCUGGACGACGAGACGGCGCCCGUCGACAACAAUGUCUUCGAGGUCGAUCCGUCCGAGCUGUUCGACUCCUCGAAUAAUCUGUUCGACUCUCGGCUCUCCGAGCAGGUCGGCAGAGCCCUCAAGAUGUCUGCUGAAGAAGCUAACAAAGAGCCGCAGAUGUGGGCCCACCUGGUGCUGAUGGUGAUCCUGGUGAUGGCAGCGGUGGUGGGGCUCUCCUGUGCCAUGUGGCACUUCGUCAGGCACGCCAGGGCACACAAUCGCCAAGGCUUCAUGUCGCCUCAGGAGGAGCCUCGGGGCCUGCAGGAGACCAGCUCGAUGGAAGCGGUUGUGCGGGACUACGGCAGAGGUGACCCAGCGCCUCACUGCCAGGAUCACCCCGUCGCUCUGGUCAGUGUGAAAGACGUGGCUGAGGAGACAGAGGCCUGAGGACUCGCCUCUACAGCGUCUUCGUCAGCACUGGAAAAUAGUGUCGGGUUUUCUCUUUUACCUUCUAUGCUCGUCUUACCCCCGUGUAGAGACAUGUUCCUUGAGUACAUCAUUUCGUGAAGACUUGUUGCAUCUAGUAACCUUGUUUAAAACAUUCUUGAUGUGUAAAUUGAUCUACUAAUUAGAAUAAUUUCUUGUAAACUCAUGCUCAGCAAGAUUGCUGUGUUAUUCAAGCUUGGACAAGAAUGUUUUCACUAAGAUAUUCUUAGUGUACGGAUGAAUGCCGCGUGUUAUUAUUUUAUCCAGACCUCGAGUCCAUCAUUCACCUUGUGAGUGAUUGAUUGAUGAAGAUUAAGCCACCCAAAAGGUGGCACGGGCAUGAAUAGCCCGUAAGUGGUGACCUUUUUGAGCCAUUACCAGUAUCAAGAGCUGAUACUGGAGAUCUGUGGAGGUGCGACUGCACCCUGCGUGACGGGAGAUGUCUCCCGUGAAUGUGUCCUAUUCACCUUGUACUGGUGAGGGAUAUAUAUACGGACUCACGCCAUGAUUCGAGUCCCUCGUGGUGCCCCGUAAGGGUUCCUCAGGGUGACCUUUGCUUCCGAGGGACUCACGCCGUGACUUGAGUCCGUGCUGGUUGUGCAGACGACAGUCUUCAGUCAAGGUCCUGGCUGUGAACUUUUGAACACUGAACACUGCAGGGAUGUAUCACAUAUUCUGAACACUGCAGUGAUGUAUCACAUAUUCUGAACACUGCAGCGAUGUAUCACUAUUCCAUGAUGGUGAAAUGCUUACAUUUAUACAACAAAUGCAGUAGACCAAUAUAGAAUGUAUUUUUACCAGUAAAUAACCAAUAUUUUAAGCAUUUUAUCCAUCUAUAGAAGAAGUAAUAUUGCUAUGUAUGGAGCUGAGAGAGAGUCCAGACUUCGAACCACGACCACAAACUCCUCCCGAGAAGCUCUAAACCCCCCAGAGAACUAACUUACCUAUCUAAGUCUCCCUUAACCUGACUUAGGAAACUUUCAAACCCAAACUCGGGCUUAUUAAGGAAGAUUAAGCCACCCAAGAGGUGCCACGGGCCAUGAAUAUAACCCCUAAGGCUUAUAUUAAUCGUGUUUUUUUUUUAAAUUAUGCUUUCGACAGACAUAAGGUGAGCUCAGACUUACAGUCUUGUGAGUACUCGUGAGAUGAGUGUACUUGAGUAAGUUGUUGUUGUUAUAGAUUCAGCUACUCGGAACAAGUUCCAAGCAGCACGGGCUAUGGUGAGCCCGUUUGGGACAGGUGUGUGAGGGUGAGGUGGUAGGGACAGCUAGGUGUCAAAUGAACAUCUGUACUAGGUGUUAAUUACAGAUAAAAGAUAAUGAUUCCACAAAUAUCACAGAGUUAAAUGACCUGUAUUGGUUACAGCGAGGAGGCGUGCGCACGCACACCCCACACACGCGUGGAUUUUGCGUGUGCUGGGGGUAGGGGGGGGGGUAGGAAAUGUUGCGUGUGGGUGGGUGUGUGUGUGUACUCACAAACACACCAUAGGAUCUGAGGCACUCUUAUUUCUUGGAUAACCAUGUUAGCAGAGAGAGAGAGAGAGAGAGAGAGAGAGAGAGAGAGAGAGAGAGAGAGAGAGAGAGAGAGAGAGAGAGAGAGAGAGAGAGAGAGAGAGAGGUAGUUAAGGGAGGAAACAAGCAAGAGAUACAGACACACGCAAGCUUAUAAUAUCUAAGAAAUGCUUACAAUUAAAAAAGAUCUAAU